AUGAGCAGAAUCAGACACAGUGGGAGUGGAUUUGAGUCAUAAAUAUACCAAUAUAAUGCAAAUUUUGCUUCUGAUAAAUUAAAGUUCUAUGAAAAAUUCUAUUAAGACGAAUAGUAAAUGAGAGUUUAGAUUAUAGCAUAUGAAAGAUAAGAAGAUUUAAAUGGAAAAAAGUUUAUAGGAUACAUUAUUCAAGUUGAAACUGAUCAGUUAAGUUACUAGAUAUCAAAGCGCUACUCUGAAUUCAAAAGUUUUAAAAGUGAGAUAGAAAAAUAGUAAAUUUAAAAAGAUGUAUUUAGCGAAUUUCCUCGUAAAAUAAUCUUUGGAAAUUAAGAACCUGAAGUCUUAGAGUCGAGAAAAAUAGCAUUGAACAAUUUCAUUUAAAGGCUUGUGGAAAUAUAAAGAGAGUCAUACAUUCCUCAAUUCUAUGAUUUUUUAGAAAUUUACAACAAAUAUUAGAUGAAUAAAAUUUCGAUACCUUAUUAGAGAAAUUAGUUAUAGAACAGCUAAAUCAAAGGUAUGGGUUCUUAAAUUCACGAUAGCUCAGACUUAAAGGAAAUAAAUGAUAUGCUGAUAUUAUUAAAUAAGCACAGUGAUGAACAAAUUUAAAAUUAUAGAUAAAUUGAAGAAAGAUACGGUAAAUAAAAGCCUAAGUUAGAAAUAAAAUCUAUUAAAUUACUCCUUCAUGGAAAUGAUUAACUAAAGGGGUUAAUUAAAAUUGUAGGUUAGCCUUCCAGCGAUGACAAUUCCAUGAAGAAUAAUCAUAUCUAAUGCUCUGCAGGUUUGUAAAUUUUGGCUAAGCUCCUAGACUUUGAAUUCAAUAGAGAUGCAGAAACAUAUAUAAGAGUUUUUUCCAAAGAAACACCUGUUUAAAUGUAUCAAGAGCUGAGAUUAGAUAAACAUAUAUCAGAUCUUCCAGCAAAUAAUUGUAGACAGUAUGCAUUUUAGCUGCUUUCUAAAUAUGCAGACAAAAACUAAGAUAAAGAAAAAUAAAUUUAUAAAUUGAUGUCUGAUUACUUUAAGCUUUCAAAGCAAUCUUUAGAAGAAUACAAAAAAUGGAGUUAAUAAAGGUAGUAAUUGACUACAAAUUAAUAUUUGCAAAGAAACUAAUUAGAAAUCUUUAAGUAAGAAAAAGAUAAUAUAUUUUAAACAGAUUCUACAGACAACAUGGCUUUGUAAAUUGAUAAUUUCUUACUUCAGGAUUGGACAGAUAUAAAAAAAGAUGAUACAGAAUACAAAAUUAAAACAUAAUAGCGAGGAAGCUAAUUAUUUAAAAUAACGAGCUACUUUCCAACAGAAAAAGAAAAUUUGAUUGACUUCUUUGUUGAUAAGCAAUACAUAUGGGAUAGCAGAUGUCGUGAAUAUAGAGAAUUAAAAGAACAAGAUGUUAAUGAUAUAUCUAUCCUUCCUGUUUCUUAUGAAUAAUACUUUUAAAGUACUGCCUAGAUCAUAUUUUUAUAUAAGGUUUAGCGAAUGGAAGAUAAAAAUAAUAUCAAAAUAUUUAAAUAAAAAGUUGAUUUGGACUAAAUUAACAAGUCAGUGUAUUAAAAUCAAAAAUUAGCUGAUUGGUCUGUCUACUACUUAUUUUAGGAUUACAAUAACAGUGAUAAACCAGAAAUAAGAUGCAAAGUUACUUAGAUAAUAAAGCAUAACAAUGACAAUUUCUUUUUAAGUGAAAUGACAGGAGACAAAAAUGAUACAAUCUAAAGUUUAAUAAAUUUAAUGAAGCAUAUAAAAUCUAAGUAUUGCAAAAAUAAUACCAAAUGA